AUGACUUCCACUGCAGUGAGAGUUGGAUUGCGUGUCCGACCACUUACAGAGAAAGAACGAAUCAAUAACUGCACAGAGUGUCUUUCAUUUAUCCCAAACGAACCGCAAAUCUUGAUUGGAACUGACAAAUCAUUUACAUAUGAUUAUGUAUUUGAGUCCUCAGCCAACCAAGCCCAGGUCUACUCUAGUGCCGCUUCACCACUACUGCACAAAUUUAUUGAUGGGUUUAAUGCUACUAUUUUGGCCUAUGGUCAAACAGGUUCAGGUAAAACAUUCAGUAUGGGUACAAGCUUGGAUAGCACUGUCAGUGCUGAGAAUGAAGGAAUUGUGCCCCGAUGCAUUGUUGAAUUAUUUCAAGUCUUGAAAGCUCAAGAACUCCAAGAUGAAGACUAUAAAUUCCAAGUUUAUGUUUCUUUUCUUGAACUUUACAACGAAGAGUUUAUUGACUUGUUAAACACAUCUCAACCAUCUAAAAGAAAAUCUACUCUCUCUACACCAAAUCAACAACAACAACAACAGCAGCAGCAACAGCAGCAAACAAAUGGCAACACCAAAGAAGAAGUUUCAAUUCGUGAAGAUAUUGCUGGAAAUAUUUAUUGGAGCGGCGUCAAAGAAGAACUUUGCUACAGCCCUGAAGAAGUAUUAGGAUACCUUGCACAAGGUUCUUUAGGUCGUACAACGGGAUCAACUGAAAUGAAUUCCGUAUCGUCUAGAUCGCAUGCUAUUUUCUCUGUCAUACUGAAACAACAAAAACCUGAGCAAGAUGAAACAGGCAAAAAAGUGAUCGAAUCACUCAAUAGUAAAUUUCAUUUUGUAGAUCUAGCUGGUUCUGAACGAUUAAAACGAACACAUGCACAAGGUGAUCGAGCUAAAGAAGGUAUAGCCAUUAAUUCUGGAUUAUUGGCCUUGGGAAACGUUAUUUCAGCAUUAGGUGAUGAAACUCGAAGAGCAACUCAUAUACCUUACCGAGACAGCAAACUGACUCGAUUACUUCAAGACUCUUUGGGUGGCAACAGUCAAACACUCAUGCUCGCCUGUGUUUCACCAGCAGAUACAAACUUUAUGGAGACACUCAAUACACUUAAAUAUGCCAACCGUGCUCGCAAUAUUAAAAACCGUGUCACUGUCAAUCAGGAUUUUGCUGGUUCAUCUAUGGAAGUCAAUCAAUUGAAAGCACUUGUCUCUCGACUACGUAUGGAAAUUGCAUCAUUGCGUGCUGAUGGGCAUUCCAUGUCUACAGCAAAUACCUCACAAGACGAUUCCGCUUCACUCAAAAAUGAAUCAGCCAGACUACGAGAUCGACUUCAAGAUAUGUCGAACCGUUUGGUUCAAGUGACAAGUGAAAGAGACACUCUUUUGAUGGAACGCGAAUUAGGCGAGUUCAUGCAAAAGGAUAGCUUAGAAGACGACACUCUUUUAGAAGACGUGAAUACAACAAAACGUAUUCAGACUCAUCCCAUCAUAGAAAGCUAUCAAAAGCAAAUUCAAGAAUUAACAAUUGAGCUACAAGAUACUAAGGAUAAACUUAAAAGCAUGGAAACUACUGUUGCUGCUGCUAAUCAAGCUUUGGCAGCUGCUAAACCAACCAAAAGUACAAGUAGCGUAUUACAAAAGUUCUCCAACUCUACUGUCUCUACUGCUUCCAGGAAUGGCAACAAUAUGAGACGAAAAAAGGUCAAUACUCGUUUAGUUCCUGAUAACUCGUCUACAAAUGGCUAUGCAGCCAAAAUUACAACCAAAAUAACUAGACGUCCUAUUAUUACUAAAAGUACGAGCGCAAGCUUACGAAACAAAAGACAUAAUCGUCACAAGAAAAAAGCAUACAAGCAACAAAAUUAUGAAGAGGCAGAUACAGAAGAAGAUGAAGGAUAUGUAAAUGAUCUUCAAGAUGAUGAAGUCCGACAUGAAGAAGUCAAGGAGAGUAUUGCCAAGGUUCGUGCAGAUAUCAGAAAGAGUCUUGAAGUACUUGAAUUAGUCAAGCCUUUGGAAAGUUCGAAUACUUCUUGGGAAGAUGAAUUAAAGGCUUUUGAAGCAGUAGAAAAUCGAUUGCAUGAUAUCAAUGAAAAUGCCUCAUCAGAUGAAGGCAUGUAUUCCCUGACUCCUUCUCCUGUAGAUGAUGACUAUGGCAGCGAAAUUGAAGCCUUGACUGUUCCUGCAUGGGAUAAUCAUGGUCGCAGCAAUGAUAAGCCUGAUAGUAGUGUGAGUUCUAAGCCAGCUUUGUCUCUAGACUCCAAGCAAUCCUUUGCUUCAUCAGCCACCACUUCAAACAUACACAGCAAAUAUGCCAUCCAACUCUCACGUAUGCUUCAUCAGAUCCAAUCGGAUAUCAAGGUUAAAGAAGAACUUGUUGCUCAUUUGGAAAAAUCAGAGACAGAAUACACUUUUAUGCGCAAAAAGUUUGAUGAAAAAAUCAGUCAUUUACAAGCCCAACUCGCAGAAACUCAAAAGGAAAAAGACAUAGCACUUAUGCGUACUAAAUCGGGCUUUGCUAUCAAGACAGACAUUGCUAACUAUAAUCUUCAACAACAAGUAGCAGCUUCAAGGGGCACAUUAUCCAAUGCUGCUAUUGAUAAACAAAGCAGUGAAAUUCGGCAUGUGUAUGAAGUCAAGAUGAAGAAUCUAAUGUCCGAAAUUCAAGACUUAAAACGCAAAUACUCUCAUGCUACCAUGGCCAUGCAGUCCAACCGCAAUCAAAACGAAGGCAUGUUGAAAUCGCUUCGAACCAAUGUCGAAACACUCAAAGUUGAAAAACGACAAUUGAUGAACCGUAUGAAGGCAGAAGCUGAGCGUGUUCGUAGUCAAAUUUCACAACAAGAAAGACGUAUUCAACAAUUACAACGUCAACAUGCUAAAUCAAACCAAGCCAAAAAGCGACUUGAACGUGAGCACGAACAACAAAAGUCGGCACUCAAGAAACGAAAUGAAGAAAUCAUGAUCAGUUCAAGCCAACUAAAGCAAUUAACAUCUAUUUUGAAGAAGGCUGUUCGCGAAGGAGGCAUCUUGGACGAAAAGAUGCUGAACAAGGCUUCUCCUAUCAUGGGUGGUAGUUUUGCUGUCAUUGCUCGAGGUGGUGGUCAUGGCUUCCCCAAGCGUCAAUCUAAAAAAAAGAAUCCCAUUCCUUUAGGUAUUCGUGUAUCACGCAAAAAAGAACUUUUAGACAAGGCAUUAUGCCAAUACAUUCAAGGAAAGCAAGCUGUAGUAGAAAUGGAACAAUUGCUUGUGCGUCGUGAACAUUUGGUUUCUGAGAAAUUCGAACUAGAAGAAGAAAGAGAUCAUGUCUUUCAUGUCGAAAAAGAACUGGAGGAGAACACAGGACAGCCAAUGGAUAUUAUUGCUAUUGAAUUGAUGGACGAACGCAUUGAUUUGAUCGCAGCUGAAAUUGCUUAUUUAUCGGCUCGUAUACGUACACUUCAAUCUGAAGCAGCAGAAGAAGCUCUUCAGGCAGAAGAAAACGGUGCUACUUUGAUCAAGAACAUGAGUCCUCGGCCACCUAAGCAUGUUACUUUUGUAGAUGAAAUUGUGACCGAGCCAGUAGCCAACAACGAUGAAUGGGCUGAUAUCGACUCAUUUGAUGAUCAGUUUAGUGUUCCAGCCAAUGCCGCGCCUGAAAUGGCAUACGAUAUCACCUCUAAAUUGAUAAAGUCCUUUGAAGCAGAUGAAUGCAAACGCAUUAUAGAGAACUUAGUGGACGAUAUCAUGGACUUGCGAAUGAACGAAUAUAGUCGUCAAGUCACUGUGCAGAAUUUAGAAAAAAGCGUAAUUGAUUUAAGACGUACAUUGAUUGUCAUGAAACGAGCAGCCAUUUCGAGUACGAUAGACAAUGAGCGCCGUAUUCGUCAACUGGAGACCAAGGAGGAUGGCAUGCAUGAAUUUAUGUCAAAUGAGCAAGAUGCUUCUCUUGAGGAAUAUAUGGGUGGGAAUACUAUUUUUGACAAAAUUUAUGAAGAUGGUCUUCGUGGACUCAUUACAGAAACAUCUGAAAGUGCUUAUGAGCAGCAACCUUCGCCUAUUGCUUCACCUCAAUAUAACAAAGCCACUCUCAACGCAGUGAACAAAAGGCUACCACUACCAGUUCAAAUGGUAGAAACACUCAGCAAAAGUACAGCCCUAGGACGUGAAGUGACUCCUUCGCCUGAUCGAUUCUAUAACAUGAUUCAAAAACGACUUUCAUGGCAACAAGAACAAGAGGGACGAGAUUCAAUGACACCAGAAUACGAAGUAGAAGACCAAGAAGAAGAAGAUUUACUUCGUGCAGUCUCAGCAGCAGCAGCCAAACUCUCUAUUGCAAGUGGUGGCUCGCCUGAUUUUGGCCAAUACAUGUCUGAUCAUGAAUCCUCUACAUCUUCUAUUCGCAGUAGUCACUUGAGAAGAUCUUCUGUUCAAUCAGACAUGUCUUCCUUGUCUUCAUGGAAUCAAAAAUCAACAGGUCGUGUGAGUAGCAGCAAUAACCAGUCUAUGCCAGCAGCAAACAACCCAGUUCGUCGUGAUGUUGCUGUCAUUAGUCCUUUAUUAGCUCAUACUCAAAAUAUGCCCCGUCUUGACACAAAUGAUCUCGACAGUAUCAUGAGUCACCAACAGCUUUCACCUCAGUCUACAAAUUCAAUGCAACACCAGAAUGUUGUCAGAAGACCAUUACCACCCUUAAUGCCCAGUCUGUCAACAUUUGACAGGCCCACAACGCCGUCUGUUUUUGAUCGUUUAGCACAAACACCUACAAGAGCAUCUCGAGCAAAAAUCAAUCAUCGUCAUAGUAGUGGUAGUGUGGAUGAUUUAAGAAAGAAAUGGGAAGUGCAGCAGCGACCUUCAAGUGUCUUGGGCAAUAGCCACAUGUAG